CGCUUAGAUAAAAUCAGAAUCCCCCUACCAUAUACUACGGAAAUGAAGUUUCUGAACGUGUCUUUUUCCAAACGGUUGGUCUAAUUUUGGCAACUUUUAUUUUCUUUGAUCAAAGCUUUUUACAAGCAAAUCAUGGAAGAAAAAGACAAGUAUGCACAAGAAAAUGAAAGUGUCCCUUUAAAGCAGACAGAAUCUACUAUUGAUCCGGAUGCUGAAGUAACCAUAGAUAUCAGAUUUCCUGACCGUACACCAACCUUGUCUUUUUCUUUGCCACUUUCGAGUACGAUACAUGAUGUUCGGCAAGUAAUCUUGGAGCUGUUGCUGGCUCCUACGAACACUUGCUUCCACCUUGCUCAUGAAAACGAAAAAUUACAACCCUUUGCUGAACUUCAUGAGAUUCAAACUUUAGAGUCACUGCAAAAAUCCGAAACACUUGUUUUUGACGUGGUAUUGGACCCAUACACAGAAAGGGAUGCAAGGUUUCAUAUCUUCACUCUCUUAGAUUUUUUGGACAGAAGCAAUAGAAAUUAUAAAAGCGACAAUUUUGGAAUUCGUACUGGUUUUUGCAUGUUUCCUGAAAUGAACAACCCUACUGAAUCCUAUCAGAUGGAUGCUGCCGAAUCAUCCAAUUCAAAGUUUUCCAUCCUAAACAAAGAUUUUUGGCCUGAUAAUACACACCCUUUUCAUUCUUCUUAUGAAAAAUUACUAUCUCCCAUGCUACCCUCUAGACCAUUCUUUCAGCAUACCUGCUUUCGGUCUUUUUCUCUUUCUGCUUGGAAUCCAGUUCCACCCGAAUACGCCAUGCAAGGACAUCUUUUGUACUUAAGUGUCACGACUUUAGAGGGACAACUUUACCAUAUCACUUCUCAUGUUGCAGGAUAUUUUGUCAACAAAUCCACAAACACGCGAUUUGAUCCGACCUCCCAAGGUGAUCUACGUAGUCAUUCUCUCAUCUCACUACUUUGUCAACUAUCUCCUCUCUUCAAAGAAAACCUUGAAGCUUUACUUGAUAUAUAUAGGCAGCAAGAUCAACUUGCCUUUGCUAGAAUUAGCGGUUCAAUUCCUCAAGCUCCUUGGAUUACAAUGCCCGCUCAAAAUAUACCCAACUUGAAAAAAACCCAAGAAGCACAACUUAAUCCAUAUAUUGAAAAUCAAGGAAAUCUGCGUGAUUGGAAUGAAGAGAUCCAAUCCGCUCGAGAAAUGGCUCAUGAAAGUAUCCAAGAUCGUGUCUUACGUGAGCGAUUAUUAAUGAAAACAUUACAAGAUUUUACUGAAGUUUCCGUUCAAGGAGCCAUUGAAAUUGUAAAUGGAAACAUUCCUUCUCUUAACCCCUUGGAGCCAGAAGGUUCUCGCAUGUAUGUUCAUAACAAUAUAUUUUUUUCUUUUGGACGUGAUAGCGUUGGCAUAUUCAAAAAACAUGGAGGGGAUGCUGCUGCCUAUUACGCUGUCGGGAAAGAUGCUACCACGAUUCGUUUAAUAAAUCAAUUGGAUGUAGUAAACCUUUCUUCCCUUGGAACAUGCAUCGUGGACUAUGCUGGUCACAGAAUAGUUGCUCAAACAAUUAUUCCUGGAAUCUUUAAACAGCUGGAAUUAGGAAGUUCUCAGCUUAUCUAUGGAAGCGUCGAGGGUGAGGAAAAGUUUCGUUUUGAUUCAUCAUUGGAGCCUGAGUUAUUGAAACUUGCUAAUACCUUACAUAUUAAAAAACAUAACUAUAAAGAUCAGGAUGGUAGUAUCAUUCCCUUAUACACUAGUUUAGAUACCAAAGGCUUGUUAGGUUCAGAUGGAAGAAAAUACGUGAUGGAUCUUUAUAGCCUAUUUCCUCCUGAUCUUGGAUUUUUGAAUCGCAUUGAACGAAACAGUUCUGGCUUAUAUUCUGACUAUCCCCAUCGGCUAGUGCAAUUUCGUCCUGAGCUAAUACAGUCUUUUUGGGAAAACUCCUUAAAUGAAGAGACAGAAGAAAAAGUAGGAUCCUCUGAAGAUAAAGAUAUAACUGAACAAUUAAAAAAGACAGUUUUGAAUCAAAAUGGUACCGGAGUUCCAGAAGCUUCCCAAAUCCCAUUAAAGACAAAGAAAAAAGUUGCACAGGAAGAUUGCCUUUUCAAUCCUAAUGUUUUUCAUCCUGCAUAUAAAUAUCCCGAAAACGAAGAAGGUGCUCACAAAGAUGAUAUUUAUUUCCUCGAAAAGGUUUCCAGCUAUCUUAGUGAAACUGUGAUACCUCAGUUUAUUGAUUCCAUAUGCAAUGAUUUUUCCUUUAUGCCGAUUGACGGCAUUGCCCUCUCCCGUGCAUUACAUCGUAACGGAAUCAAUAUAAGGUAUCUUGGGGAUAUGUUGUAUGUGAUUUUAGAUAAGUAUCCAGAAAACACCGCUAUGAUACGUCUUUUCACCAGUGAAAUUUUUGCGCGAUCUGCCAAACAUCUAAUUCGAGCUUAUAUAUCCAAGACUCCACGUUGUCUGAUAAGCCAUGUCGUAUCUCACUUUUUUAAUUGUUUACUUGCCGAAAGCGAAGAUGAUCAGUCAUUUCCUUUUUUGCCAGAGGAGUCGAUUUCACAAUUUUAUCCUGAAACCUGCCAAAUGCUUGUAUCAAUGUCGCCAAAAUUGGUAUCAGAAGCUUUAAUGAAGGAGUCACAAUCAAGAUUUGGUUAUAAAAUACCCCGAGAGUUUGUCAAAGAAGUUAACCAAAUAUCCUUAAUUCGCCUAAUUUGUCUGAAACUGGGGAUUCAGUUAGCAUGCAAAGACUAUGUUAGUAAGGGAGAAAAUACAGAAGCUCAUGAUCAAAUAUCUGAUCCAAAAAGUAAAAGAAACAAGAAAAAGAAAAAAGAGAAGAAGGCCAAGCAAAUUGGUUAUUCAGAACGGGUUAACUCAUUUCAUAAAUUAUUGCCCCAAGACAUUCUAAAUCUAGCGCCAGUUGUGAAGAGCACUAUCCCUUAUAGUGCUUUAGCACAGGAAUCACUAGAUGCUUGUAAAGUCUGCUUGCUUCAAGAAAACAAAGACCUAUGUUAUGAUCUUUUAAAUGAAUCCCUUUCUCUUCACGAACAAAUAUAUGGGGUCUUUCAUCCUGAGAUUGCUCGUGCUUAUUGUCAGUUAGCCAUGAUAUGCCAUCAGUUAGGUAAAAAAGAAGAGUCUUGUUCAUUAGGGAGGAAAGCUUUAGUGGUGUGCGAACGAAUCCUCGGUUUUGAUUCCUCGGAAACCAUUUUAGCGUAUCUCAACUUAGCGUUGUAUGAAUUUUCUCAUAAUCGGAUAUCUCAAGCUUUAGUAUAUAGUCAGUAUGCAUUACAACUGUGGCACAUGGUGUUUGGAACUGAUCACCCGAAUAUGAUAACCUCAUAUACCAAUAUUGGCUUAAUGCUCCGCUCAAUGAAAUUAUUAUCCGAAAGUAAAACUUGCAUCAAGUGGGCCUUGGAUUUAUGCCAGAAAUUUCAGGGCAAGACGAGUACCACCGCUGCACUCACUUUGCAGUAUGCUCAAGCCUUGGCAUUAACAAAGGACCUUCGUCAGGCAUCCCAGGAAGCUCGUGCAGCUUACAAAUUUUAUGAGGAAAACUUGGGUUCCGAACAUAAUGCCACGAAAGAAGCUGAACAUUGGCUAUCCCAACUUAUAGCUUCAGCUGUAAAGCAAGAAAAAGUUUCUCGACAAUAGGAUAAGAUGUGCGUUUGCUGUAAAAUACUAAUUAAUUCAAAAUGCUCGUCCUUCCAUUUACUUCUUGAUCGUAUACGCCUUUCUAAUAAACAAAUAUGAGAGCAAAUUAAACAUGAAAAGUUCCGUUUUAUUACAGCUAAUGUAUGAUAUAUCUCAAUUCAACCUAUGAAAACACCAAAAAAAAUACAUAAAAAGGAAAUAUAGAAUAUAACAAAUAACCAUG